CGACGCACACUGCAUAUACACGUCUCUACACCUCACUGUGACUAUUAAAGAUACUAGCAUAGACGUAAAGAAUGACGUCUCUGGUCUCAUUAUCUCUGGGCUACACGCGCUUCUGCAUUGGCUUUGUAGCGGUGGCCAGUCCGGCGACCACAUCGUCUCUGUUUGGCUUCAAUGAGCACCCUACGACCGGAUCCGAUCGUCUUAGAACGAGGCUAUUCGGCGUGCGUGAACUAGCCCUAGGUGCUGGUUUAGCUGGGCUUCUGGGAGAAGAAGUAUGCACCGUGCGAGGCUUCCUGGCUGCCUGUGCUAUUGUGGAUGGUGUUGAUGUUGUGGCGGCUGUGAUGGCGUACAACGAAGGCUCGCUGAACAACACGGGUGUGCUGUUGAUUAUUAUGGGUGCUGCCGCUUUUUGUGGGUUAAAUGUGUAUGAAUACAGAGUCACAGGCUAAAGUAUCCCAUGUACAGGUUUUACUCUCAAUUUAUACCGGCUAAUCUCCGGAAGCACGUCUUUGGCGAUUCAACUUUUUUAGACUGUCAAGUUUUUCGGCGUCAAUUGGAAGCAAUGUAGAUUUACCGCACACAGACAGAACCACCGAUAUCAGAAUCAUCAAUUUUAUAUAUAUGCAAACAUCUCACUUUUCAGUACAAAAUUGUGGUCUACGAUGGUCAUUAUGCUCAGUGUAUUGAUCUUCAACAAACAGUUGUUUCAAUCGAAGGGUUGCCUCAGGAGAAAUAUCGGUUGACAUCCACUCCAGCCCCGUGGUUCAUCACUUUCAUACUAGCACUAUAUAUGUAUAUAUCCAAAAUAUGCAAUGAGUUACUUUGUUGACUUUGUUUUCCGAACACGCAGAGUAAAUACGGAUAUAUAUAUAUAUAUAUAUAUAUAUAUGUAUAUAAGAUAUAUAAAAAAGAUAUGAUUGAUAUAAGC